AUGCAGCUCACCACCCUCCUCGCUCUCCUCACCAGCGUCAUGGCUUCCGUGCCCGCCGCAGCUCUCGCCCCUAAGGCCGAGGGGGCCGAUUGGACGGGUCCCAAGUUCAGCCUUGUUGCACUACGUCCAGGCACAGCGAUCCAUGAAAAAGACAUUACGGCGAGCAACUCUCAGCUGUGGGUAUCUAGGCCGGGGGGCCAGCAAGGCGCACAGUGUAACAACGGACAAGGGACGGCGUCGGGUAAUAAUACGAUGACCACACUGUUUAUCAAGGACAACGAGCUACUCCUGUACGGUGGUGAUGAAAACUCCCAUCAGCAGUUUGCCGUCGACACCGAAAAAGCAGCUAACGUGAACUGGGGACCCGACGAGCGUUUUGAGACUAAGGGACGGACUGUUGACCUCGAGAGCGGCUUUCUAAGCCCUUCCGAAGAACCCUUCAUAGCCUGCCCGGGGUCCGACGAUUCAUAUACAGUGAGCAUGUUCACCCGUAGCUCCGGUCAGGAAUUACUCGAACGCUGCAUCCUGUUUAAUGCCCAGACCAAGGUUGUGGGCCAACCAGUCUCCUGCGAGUACAGCGAGGAAUAG